ACCGGCGAGUACUGCACCGAGCCCAUCUGUCUGUCUGGAUGCACGGAACAGAAUGGAUAUUGCAACAAGCCUGGAGAGUGCAUCUGUCGUCCCGGUUGGCAAGGCCGCUACUGCGAUGAAUGUGUUCCCCAUAUAGGCUGCAGCCAUGGGACUUGUAAAACACAAUGGCAGUGCAUAUGUGAUGAAGGAUGGGGUGGCCUUUUCUGCGAUCAAGAUCUGAACUACUGCACUCACCACAGACCAUGCAAAAAUGGAGCAACCUGCAUGAACACUGGCCAGGGCAGCUACACGUGUUCGUGCAAACCUGGCUUCACCGGUGUUGACUGCGAACACGAGAUCAGCGAGUGUGACAGCAAUCCCUGUAGGAAUGGCGGUAGCUGCACGGAUAUGGAGAACGGUUAUCACUGCCUGUGCCCCCCCGGCUACUACGGCACUCACUGUGAGCACAGCGCUUUGACGUGUAUAGAUUCUCCCUGCUUUAACGGCGGCACGUGCCUGGAGAAAGAACAAGGGGCCAGCUACACUUGCGUCUGCCCUUUCGGCUUCACGGGGUCAAACUGUGAAAAAAAAGUGGACAGGUGCACAAGCAACCCAUGUGCAAAUGAUGGUAAUUGCUUUUACCUUGGUCAGAUUCGCGUGUGUCGUUGUCGGGCUGGUUUCACUGGUCAGAAAUGUGAAAUAAACAUCAAUGAUUGUGCCAGAAACCCAUGUUCCAAUGGGGGAACCUGCCAUGACCUGAUCAACGAUUACACCUGCAUGUGCUUGCCAGGCUACAGUGGCAGGAACUGCGACAUCAAAACCAGAGACGAAUGUGCUUCUGGGCCGUGUGAAAAUGGAGGCACAUGCUACAGUGGACUUUACAGCGCCAACUUUGUCUGCUACUGUCCUUCCGGCUUCAUGGGCAACCGUUGUGAACUGCCUGUUUAUUCCGUGCCCGUUACGCUCCCUCCUAAACCAGUCCCCUGGAUUGCUAUAUCCAUGGGGGUGGGGCUGGUGGCUUUGCUCAUCCUGUUCUGCAUGAUAGCGAUGGUCAUCAGGCAGAUGAGGAUGCACCCGGAGCAGGACUUGGAGACAAUGAACAACCUGUCUGACUUCCAGAAGGACAAUCUCAUUCCAGCUUCCCAGCUCAAAAACACCAACAAAAAUAAAGACCUGGAAGUGGACUGUGGGCUGGAGAAAUCCAACUACAAACCCAAGAAUCAUAAACUGGACUACAAUCUGGUAAAAGACCUGACAAGUAGAGGGUCACAGGAAGAUAAAUAUUACAAAAGCGAAAAGUGUUUAGGAGAAAAGUCGCCCCUCCGACUACACAGUGAAAAGCCAGAAUGUAGGAUAUCAGCAAUAUGCUCUCCGAGGGAUUCAAUGUACCAGUCCGUCUUCGUGAUAACAGAAGAAAGGAACGAGUGCAUCAUAGCCACAGAGGUAUAAGACUGAAGAUCAGCCCAUUUGCACCUCAGAUUUGGUAAUGCCAGUAGAUGGACGUUCCUGCUGCAUUGUUUACAAUUCAGAACUGGAUUGGACUAUUUUUAAUUACAUGCAACUUGCUGCUCUCAGGCGGAAGAUGGAACUGGGUGAACUGGACAGACUGUGAAUUUCCCGAAAGAUGCAAUACACCUUUUUGUUCUUACUGCUCUUGUUUGAAGUUUGAUACCAGAAAUCUCAUUGGCUAUAGAAGAGGGGAGGCAGAGGGGAGAGAGAGGGGUUAAAAAUGUUGGUUUAAUUUGGUUUUAAAAGAUACUGAGGCCAGUUCCUCAUGGACAGACCCCUGGCUUUCC